AUGUUUAGAACGUAUAUAAUGAGUACCCAUCACUUUCACAAAAUCACUAACAAAAAUAUCAAAACAGCUAACAGAGCAGAAAUAUCACAUAGGAAUGUUUCCAACAUAGUAUUAUGUAAAACACAACCACAGUCAUCAUUUGGACCUACAUUUUUUAGUCAUAAAAAAUUUUUUGGGGUAAAAAGAGUUGUUCAGAAAAGAAAGCACAUGCUAAAAUUAAUACAACCACAUCAAGAAAAGUUUGAUGCGGAAAAAUACGAAAAAUUUUUGGAAAAAGAAAACUUACGUGAGAAAAUUGAUAUAAACAACAUUAACAUUGACAAUGAAAAGGAAGUUGAAUUAUAUGAAGAUUAUUUACUAAAUUAUAAAUACAAUAAAAGAGAAGUUGAAAAAAACGCACCGCUCCCACUAUCUCUAUUAUCAUCUUCCUUCAUAAGAAGAACCAUUUAUUCUAAUAGAGAACAUGUUUUAAAGAAUUUAAAAAAUGUUAACUGGAAAAAGUAUUGCUGUAAUGUAAAAGGUGUAAGGUGGCAUGCUAGUGGGGCGUGGCGUGUCUACUUUUGCAAAAGAAAUUAUCAGCAUAACUUUUUUGUUAAGUGUGACUGUUAUUUUCGUGUAAGUAUUUACGGCUUUGAAAAAAGCAAGGAACUCGCUGUUCGAUAUAGGAAAAGGCUGGAAUAUGAAUAUAUUUUACUCAUGAAGCGAUGGAAAGAAAUUGAAAAGGAAAAUGCUAAAAAGAGAAAAAUGAUAAAGGAAUCCAAAAAAAAUAAUAAAAAUUUUGAUGAGGAAGAAGACAGUGAACAAAAUGAUGAUGAGGGUUACUAUAAUGAAAAUUCAAAGCCCGAAGAAGUAAAUUAUUAA